AGCCUCGCAAAUCCAGGUGGAUGGUGGAAGGUUUCAAAGAUACCGGGAGCAGCAUAAAUCAGCCUUCGAACACAACAUUGCUAUAAGGAGUUGCUCGAUUGGAUCGGUCCAUGACAACAAGGCGAUAAAGGCGGCUCUUUCCACAGGGGUUAUCUUGACAGGGAGCCUGCGAAGCGUUGCUCUACACCAAGGACCGAGAAAGAGCACUCGACAGCUAGAGACCCGGAAGCCGGGACUCUCCAGGUGUCUCAGAAAGCAGCAAUGGACCGCGACAGUCGAGAUCCUAAGCGGAGGAGGCUGAACUUCAACCCCUUACGAUCCGACGACCGCUGGGGCGAUGUACCUGCGCGGAACGGCCGCUUCUCGUCUGGCCGCUCGACACCCCGGGGCAACCGCGACGUAGCCACGCCCGAGCCGACAAGAGACGACGACUUCGUGGCCCAGGACCAAGAUGAUGCCGCUCUCGAUCGGGACUGGUAUGCCGGGGACGAGUUCGGGCACGCCUUCGGCGAUGAAUCUCACAACCCCUUCGGGGCCUACAACGCGGCGGAGUCGCAGGAGGCCGAGCGCGAGCUGGUCGAGAAGCGUGUGGGCCGGUUCGACAAGCAGAGCGCGCGCCAGGCCCAGAAACAAAAGGAAAUCGACGCGUGGGAGACGAACCGGAUGCUGUCCUCGGGCGUGGCGCAGCGCCGCGGGCAGGAGUUUGAGGAUGACGAGGAUACCAUGCGCGUGCACCUGCUGAUCCACGAUCUGCGGCCGCCAUUCCUUGACGGUAGGACGAUAUUUACAAAACAGCUGGACCCGGUGCCCGCGGUGAGGGACUACCAGAGCGACAUGGCUGUGUUUAGUCGCAAGGGAAGCAGGGUUGUCAAGGAGAGGAGACAGCAGCGGGAGAGGCAGAAACAGGCGCAGGAGGCCACCAACAUCGCCGGCACGACCCUAGGAAACGUCAUGGGCGUGAAGAACGACGACGACACGGACAGCGCGCUGCCAGUGCUGAAGGAAGAGGACGGCAAGGAGCCUGAGCCGCAGUCCAACAAGUUCAGCGAGCACAUGUCCAAGAACGAAGGCGCGAGCAACUUCAGCCAGAGCAAGACCCUGCGGGAGCAGCGCGAGUUCCUGCCAGCAUUUGCGGUGCGAGAGGAUCUCUUGCGAAUCAUCCGGGACAACCAGGUCGUCAUCGUGGUCGGCGAGACCGGUUCCGGAAAGACGACCCAGCUCACGCAGUUUCUCUACGAGGACGGAUAUGGCAACAGAGGCAUGAUCGGGUGUACUCAACCCCGUCGUGUUGCGGCCAUGAGUGUUGCAAAACGUGUUAGCGAAGAGAUGGAGUGCAAGCUGGGUGGGACUGUUGGCUAUGCAAUUCGAUUUGAGGAUUGUACGAGCAAAGAGACGGUGAUCAAGUACAUGACUGAUGGUGUCCUGCUCAGAGAAUCUCUGAACGAGCAGAACCUGGACCGGUACUCGUGCGUUAUCAUGGACGAGGCUCACGAGAGGGCACUGAACACCGACGUGCUUAUGGGCCUUUUCAAGAAGAUUCUACAGAGACGUCUGGACCUGAAGCUUAUCGUUACCUCAGCGACGAUGAACUCCAAGCGGUUUUCUGACUUCUUCGGAGGCGCGCCCGAGUUUGUGAUCCCCGGCCGGACGUUCCCGGUGGAUGUCAUGUUCCACAGGUCACCGGUCGAGGACUAUGUGGACCAAGCCGUGCAGCAAGUGCUGUCCAUCCAUGUCUCGCAAGGACAAGGAGAUAUUCUUGUUUUCAUGACCGGUCAGGAAGACAUCGAGUGCACUUGCGAUCUAAUUCAAAAGCGACUCAAUGCUCUGAAUGAUCCACCGAAACUCAGCAUCCUGCCCAUUUACAGUCAGAUGCCCGCGGAUUUACAGGCCAAGAUUUUUGACCGAGCGGCCCCAGGCGUGCGAAAAUGUAUCGUCGCCACCAACAUUGCCGAGACCAGUCUCACGGUUGACGGUAUCAUGUAUGUGGUCGACGCCGGUUACUCAAAGCUCAAAGUCUACAACCCGAGGAUGGGUAUGGACACACUGCAAAUCACCCCAAUCUCUCAAGCCAAUGCGGGCCAGAGAUCAGGCCGUGCAGGAAGGACUGGCCCAGGAAAGGCCUAUCGACUCUACACUGAGAAGGCGUACAAUGACGAGCUGUACAUACAGACCAUACCAGAGAUCCAGAGGACGAACCUGGCCAACACCGUGCUGCUCAUCAAGUCCCUCGGCGUUAAGGACCUGCUGGACUUCGACUUCAUGGACCCGCCACCGCAGGAGACAAUCACCACAUCUCUCUUCGACCUGUGGGCCCUGGGCGCCCUCGACAACAUCGGCGAGCUGACCGACCUAGGCACCAAGAUGAACGCCUUCCCGAUGGACCCGCCGCUGGCCAAGCUGCUCAUCAUGUCGGAGGAGUACGGCUGCAGCGAGGAGAUGGUGACGAUCGUGUCGAUGCUGAGCGUGCCCAACGUCUUCUUCCGCCCCAAGGAGCGCCAGGAGGAGUCCGACGCUGCGCGGGAGAAGUUCUUCGUCCCCGAGUCGGACCACCUGACGUACCUGCACGUGUACUCGCAGUGGAAGUCCAACGGGUACAGCGACAGGUGGUGCUCGCAACAUUUCCUGCACUCCAAGUCGCUGCGGCGGGCCAAGGAGGUCAGAGACCAGCUGCUGGACAUCAUGCGCAUGCAGAAGAUGGAGAUGGUGUCGUGCGGGACGGACUGGGACGUCAUCCGCAAGUGCAUCUGCAGCGGAUACUACCACCAGGCCGCCAAGGUCAAGGGCAUCGGCGAGUAUAUCAACCUGCGCACGAGCGUCACGGUGCAGCUGCACCCGACGAGCGCGCUAUACGGGCUUGGGUUCCUGCCGGACUACGUGGUGUACCAUGAGCUCAUCCUCACGAGCAAGGAAUACAUGUCGACGGUGACGAGCGUAGACCCGCACUGGCUGGCAGAGCUGGGUGGCGUCUUCUACUCGGUCAAGGAGAAGGGCUACUCGGCCCGGGACAAGAGGGUCAUCGAGACCGAGUUCAAUCGGAAGAUGGAGAUCGAGGCCAAGAUGGCGGAGGACAAAAGGAAGCAGGAGGAGAAGCUAGCCUUGGUGGACCAAGUCAAGCCAAGCGACAGCACCAGCGCGGCGAAGAAGAAGAUCGUCACAUCUGGAGCGGUCAAGAAACCGGUCGUGAAGAGACGGGGCGGCGGCAUGGCCUUCAGAUAGUUUGUCCGUCACUAAGCACCCGACCAUUCUUGCGACGUCAGCCUCGCCAAGUCUGUUGAGAUUGGCGAGCAGUACAACGUAAGAGAUCAAUGACCGGCGGAAAAAUUAACCACUGAAACUCGCCAGAUGCCCUGACGAUCACUUCACCAUGAAGUCCAAGUGAGCAGAGUGCAUGAUUGUGUUGAACAGUGAGGCGGCACUUGGCACACCAUUUGGGCGCACACGGCAUAGGAACUCGGCUGUUGUAUGAUGCGAAGGAGUGAGGGUAAAAAGCCUUACCUCGCUUUUUGCUUAUAGUUUCGCCCCGUGAAGCAUUUGCAGGUUUGAUGAUCUUCUACGUCGCACUUAGCCCUAGCGGCUGAGCAUGCGAUUGCGGAAAGUGGCUGGACCGCUGAGCAGAGACAGCGUCCAGAUCGGGGUCUCCCUGGGCGCGGGAGCGACCACCUGCAGAUCAUUUGAACUCUUUUAUGGCAAGACGUCGCCAGUUUUGGUCUUGGCCGCAGCGCCCAUCUGCCAAUUCAGGGCAUGUCAUUUUGCAGAGCUAGCACAGACGCUACCGCAGACGUCGAAACGCUUCCACUACACACGUGUUGUGCCCCACCGGAAGCGUUGCAACCAUGCGCUCGACAUUAGGCGCGAAACGGCUGGUCGAGAAGAUGGCAUGGGCACCUUCUGAUUAUGGGCCGAACGGCAUGCUCGGAUUAGCUGGACCAACACCGUGGGUGCGGUGUGGUGCGGCAGCUGCGGUGGACGACUGACCGUUGCACAAGCGUCUGGCGCGCGCAAAGCCAUUAGAGCCGCGGUUGCGUGGCCGUUGUGCAGGGUGAUAGACUUGCGCAGUCCCACAAGAACCUGGCGGCGGCGCGGUUCGUCAACGAGCGGCAAGGUCUUGAAGAUGAGCUGACAGGCUGGGCACAUCGGGCGAGACGGGGCGCGCUGGCGUUGGAGAGAAGCAUGAAGAGCUCUUGGGGCGGCAGUCGAGGUCCGGGGACGACCGGAUUGGUUGGCUGCGGAGGUCUUGGAGGGCGUGGAGGGUUGGAACAUUGUCCCAAUGGGAGCAAGGCCUGGCCACCGUCGGUUUCAUCGACAGGCAGCUAGGCCGGUUGAGGUAGCUCGGGUGCGGAUCGCCCUCCUGGGUCCUCCCUGCUCGGUCACUUUGACUCACGGUGGCAGGGUGGGCGAAUGAGAGGCAGGGCUGGAUUACCGUCUUGAUGUUCACAGACCGGCUGGCCGUGGCAUUCGACCUUUGAGAUCCAGUCGCUGGAGCUAUCAAGGUGGUUGUCAGCCAUGUGCCUGCGGCGUCGAGCUGGCAGACGGGUAGCGAAAGGCAGAAGAAGGUGGCCCUGGUGGCGGCCGAAGCUAUGGCGCCCGCUCGAGUUAGGCGAUCAUCAGUGCGCACCGAACUGUUUGAACGGAUGAUCUGAUGUCAACCAGUCAACCAGUCAACCAGUCAACCGAUCACUGUACGUACCGGUCUGUGGUGUGGCACCCAAGAGCCGGUAGGCAAGAGAUGGAUUUUGUCAUGAUUCCGUCUGCCGUAGCGCAGCACAGAAGGGAGCACCGCAUCCAUAGUCUUACUGUAUUGUGUACGAGUGCACCGGAUGUGAGUAAGAGGGGGACGGCAAAAGCGGGCAAUCAGAAAUCAUCCACGUUCCGAAGUGGCUCUGGUCGGCCGACCAGAGCUGCCAGACAGCCCAGACAAGUCCAGUCCAGACCAGGACGGGAUGGGAGAGGAUAAAAACAGUGCAGUGCUGGUGGGUCGCUGCGACUUUACUGGUGGUCCAAUAUGCAGGUGCAGGUGCAAGUGCGACCCGCCUGCCUGCGGGUGAUAUCCCCUCCUGGUUCCUGCAUCGUCCCUGCCCAAAUGAGAUUAGAGAGGACUUGACCCCCGCCAAUCAAUGCUCCCCCCCUGCUGCAGAGACGGGGGUGCGGAGUCACUGCACCGUCCCCGUCAGGCCCGUGUGCCACACAGAUCAUCCACGGCUGCCACGCAAGCUAACAGGCUCCGGACCAUCGAACCUGAACAGUCGCACCCGGGAGGCAAACCGAAGUUUGUUUCUCGUUGCCAGUCGCAGCGUGGGUGGGAAUGUUUACGUGGCUUGCGUGGCAAUCGAUUUGAAUCUCUGAUCAGGACUUGAGGAGAUAAACA